AAUAUGAGCAACAGAAAGAAAGAAAAAGCGAGGGGGCUGCAAAGUGUGCUCUUCGAAAUUUAAAAUCUGAAUAUCGUCGAGGGCCGUUGAUUCGGUGAAUGUGGCCGUUUAUAAAGCAUCGCGGUUGAUAAUGUCCAAACUUCCCGUGGAAGGAAAGGCGUCAUCGAGCAAAUCCGGUAGCUGGGUCGAGCCCUCCUUCGGUGAGCUGUGCGGGGGGUCCCGUCUGAAGCUGCCCUCCUCGCUGGAGAAGGACCUUCGCUGCUCGGAGGCCAGAAGCAGGAAGACGAAGACGAAGACGUCGUCGUCGUGCGACUCCGACGACGCCGGAAUCAAGAGAAAGUUAAACUCGUGCGCGCCUGAGCCUGAGCCCCGGGGCCGUCCCAGUAAAGACGUCGCUCGGCGGGAUGUGUCCUGGGUGGACAAACACUCGCCUCGCACCCAGGGGGACCUUGCAGUUCACAAAAAAAAGAUCGAAGAGGUGGAGACCUGGCUGAAGCUGCACACGUGCAAUGGCCUGGAAAAGGCUGGUGCCAUACUGUUACUGACUGGUCCCUCUGGGUGUGGGAAGACAGCCACCCUUCAGGUGUUGACUCGAGAGUUGGGCUACCAGGUUCAGGAGUGGUCCAAUCCCUGCAGUGUUAGUGAGUUCAACACAGAGCAGUCCUACCUGCAGACCUUUGACCCUGAGUCAAGGUUCAGCAGCUACUCUGGUAGCUCUCAGAUAGCAGUGUUUCAGGAGUUCCUGCUCAGAGCCCAUAAGUACAACUGCCUGCAGAUGCUGGGAGAGAGUCACGCUUCUGCCAAAAAGAUUAUUCUUAUUGAGGAGUUUCCUAAUCAGUUUUACAGACGGCCCACAUGCCUUCAUGACAUUUUGAGGAGAUUUGUCAGGACAGGCCGAUGUCCCCUGGUCCUGAUAGUCUCAGACAGCCUCAGUGGAGAUGGGAACUCCAGGCUGCUUAUUCCUAAAGAUAUCCAGGAGGAGCUUGGCAUUUGCAAUAUAAGUUUCAACCCUGUAGCACCCACCAGCAUGAUGAAGGUGCUCAACAGGAUUGUAACCCAUGAAGCAAGCAAGAGUGGAGGUCGGAUCUCUAUACCCAACAAAGCUACCUUGGAGCUUUUGUGUACAGGAAGCUCAGGGGACAUCCGCAAUGCCAUCAAUAACUUGCAGUUCUCAUUCACAGAUCACUGUGUUCAAAGCAGCUUCUGGGCAGUGAAAAAAAACAAGUCAGAAUCAUCGUCAUCUGGCAGAGGUACAUCUAAAGCAAGAAGCAAGAGCAAGUCCGCCAAGGCCUCUGACAAACAGGAUGACACCCAAGCUGUUGGAGGCAGAGAUGUCUCCCUUUUCCUGUUUAGAGCACUGGGCAAGAUCCUCUACUGUAAACGGCAGAGCAGUGGGGAGACCUGGGAACCCAGACUUCCUGCUCAUUUAUCAAGACACCAUAGAGACAUGCUACUGGUGGAGCCUGAGCUGGUUGUAGAGAAGUCCCACAUGUCAGCUGAGCUCUUCAACCUCUACUUGCAGCAGAACUACAUUGACUUCUUCUCAGAUAUAGACGAUGUGGCUCAAGCCAGCGAGUACCUGUCUGAUGCAGACUUCCUCACUGCUGACUGGAAUACACAGGCCACCAUGAGGGACUACAGUUCCUCUGUGGCCACCAGAGGAGUGAUGUAUGCCAACUCUGCCCGGGCCCGAGCUGACAGCCAGGCUUUCGUGGGCUUCAGGCCCCUGCACAAGCCACACUGGCUCCUCAUCCACAAGAAGCACCGAGAGAACUGUCAGGCUGCCAGAUCUCUCUUUGUCAGUUUCUGUCUGACACCAGUGAGCCUCCAGACUGAGCUGCUGCCAUACCUUGCUCACCUCACAAACCCCAUGAGGAACCAAGGUCAGAUAACCUUCAUCCAAGAUGUGGGCCAACUGCCUCUCAAAACAUACUCAGGAAGGAUGAAAUUUGAGGCACUCACUGACAAAGACCCAGGGACACUUGUCCUCGAUAGGGAUGAACUGGACUCUACCCUUCAUGGAACAGGCAGCACUGAUUCUGAUUUUGGACCAGCUGAACCGGUCCACAAGGCACCUGAUUCCCCUAAAGACGUGAGCAGCAGCCAAAGUGCGAUGGCAGACCUGCCCACAAGCCAGCCACAACCUACCCCAACCCAGGCCCUAAUGGAGGAGGAGGAGGAGGAGGAGUUUGUGAUUGAGGAGUAUGACAGUGAUUGACUGCAGUCUCUCCUGCAAGCACAAGCCGUACAUACAGCUGUGAAUUAUCUCCAGAUGUUUCCUUUGUUUCUUGUUGCCACCCUUUAGGUCUGUCAUGACAAAUUCUUGAAGGACCUUGGGAGCCUACAGAAGUUGACAAGGCAUUACCUCAAGGGUUUUUUGCAGAGCCACUAAAAUAAACAAUUAUCCCAUUGUUAUUAACUUAUUAACAUAUACUGUAUUUCUUUUAAAUAGUGUGAUUCAAGGGAUGUGCAGUAUAUAGCAUGUUCAACAUCUAUUACCUGUGCAACACUUCUGGGCACUGGGACAGUUUCUCCUCUUAUCUUUGGGUGGAUUGAGUGAUGUUAUAAGAAGCAAAGGUUGCUGAAAGCAAUAACGUGUAUUUUAUUUUGUUGCCUCAUCAUAACAGAAGGUUGCGCUUGUAGUGUCUGUCUCAAUGUUGACACAAAAUAAACACAUUUUUUGUAAGUCUAAUUUCAGUCUUUAAAGUUUGUCACCCUUUGAUUUGUAGUCCUAAACUGAAUUUGCUUAUUGCAUAGAGAAGUAUGCCAGUAACAUACUUUAUAAACGUAUGCAGUUUCUAGUACGUAACCUGAACUGUAUAGCCCGUUCUUUUGCCUCGUUUA